GAAGUAAUGACGGAAAAAUAGAAUAGACAGGUUAGUGACACUUAAUUACAUACUGUCAGUAGUUUCAUCGUGUCUUGUUCUCACGUUUCUACCCGUCUCUACCGUCCCUCUAGCAUUUCCCACCUGCCGUCCUGACGAGUUUGAGUGCGGCGAUGGCACGUGCAUCAACGGUACCCGCCGGUGCGACCAUCAGCACGACUGCAGGGACAUGAGUGAUGAGGCUGGCUGCGUCAACGCCACCCAAUGCGAGGGCCCGACCAGGUUUAAGUGCCGCAGCGGGGAGUGUAUCAGCAUGGAGAAGGUGUGUGACAAGCACCGGGACUGCAGGGAUUGGUCAGAUGAGCCUCUUAGGGAAUGUGGCUUCAAUGAGUGCCUGUACAAAAACGGAGGCUGCUCGCAUAUUUGCAAUGACCUGAAGAUUGGCUUCGAGUGCCUGUGUCGUCCUGGAUUUCAACUGGUGGACACGAAGCGCUGUGAAGAUAUCGAUUAGUGUGCCAACCCGGAC